AUGCACUCCUCACCGGCGGCAGUACCACACCCAACGGAGCGCAUUCAGCGAAACUCUCCGUACCUUAGAGGAAGGUACGGUUGCUUUCGUCUUCGACUUCAGGAGAAGCUUCAGCUCAUGGAGCAAGACGAAGUACAAUUGCAGCACUGGCAGCACGAAAAUGUAACGAUAUUCCCCUGCCCUAUUUACUUUAAGUGGAAGGGACGUGUGUGGGCCUACUCUUUCCAAGUGCUCAGCGACUAUAGAAAAUCAGGACAACGCGUGGGAGCAGCAUGCGCUCCCACCAUGAUGCGAGCGAUUUUUUUUACGGAUAACUGCGCGAAGCAGUUCAAGUGUAGGUUUCAUUUCGGCUGGCUCGCUUCCCACGAGGUGAUAAUUCGCGAUAACAACGGCGGGUCUACCAACGUACCAGUGCAUGUGGAGCAUCACCACUUUGGGAGCUGCCACGGGAAGCGAGAUGAUNAAUUCGCGAUAACAACGGCGGGUCUACCAACGUACCAGUGCAUGUGGAGCAUCACCACUUUGGGAGCUGCCACGGGAAGCGGUUCUGAUAUCAAGGGGGCGAACACCAAAGGCACCACAACGCAAAACAUCAUCAACCAGACAUGGGUAGUCCAGGGCCCCAGACACCUCUGUACCCUGCUGGGUGAAGCGAUGGACUUCAUUCUUGAGGAGCCGACCGAAGAAGAAGAGAUGAUCUUUGAAGCUUCCAGCACAAGCAGCAGAGGUGGGGAUCAGUUGCUGAUGACCAAGCUGUGGGGGGGCGAAAGCAGAUGCAAGGAGAGGAAGACUUUUCUGGUCACGAAGAAGCCGAACACCCUCCUAGGCAGAAAAUACAUCUUCCAAGCCGCAGGUGACAUUUUGCCUGCAGUUCGUUCCGCCUCUCGCUCCGAAUCGAAGGCGAUCAAGGUCGAGGGAUGCCAAGCCAUCAGCAAAAUCCUUUGCAAGGAUGGCAUGUUUUCGGAAGGCGAUGUUAUGGUGUGGGUUCACGACGUCUUUAGCCACGUACGAGGGGUAGAGUAUGACGUGCCUAAUGUUCUUCCAGUCGACGAAAACAGAUCGAUGCCGCUCACCUCUCUCGCAGGGCUAGGCCAGGGAAUAGAGGGGUGCGACUGCGGCAACUAGCCUUCCGUAGACAUAUUACAGAAAGAAGAGAUGGUACUCAGCAGAGAACAUGAGCACAGAGUUAUAGCGGAGAUAAUUCGGCAGGCGAGACUGUAGUUUUUUUUUUUGUUCCGAACCCCGAAAUUCCGGUACUCGGGCCGUUACUCCGGAGACCCUCGGAACCUGCUGUGUUGUUUUUCCUGCUUGUUUUUUUGUUUUGUUUUGUUGUUGAGAUAAGACACAAGCGCGCCUUCGCCCCUUGUGCUCACUCUCAUCUAGCACCCAUCAAAGCCUGACCAGGGAGUCAGUUGAUAAGAAAAUCUAUCUACAUUUCUCUUUCCAGAGCUCGCUCGGGCCUACCGAUCUCACAGCAGUGUAGACCAACCUCUGUGAUAGAGCGGUGACAGCAGUGUAACCUCUGUGGUAGACUACAAAGUCUACGAGCUACAGCAGCACCGCCACCUCCGCUGCUGCAGGACGCCACAUUCUGUGAGGUUAUGAGCCUCGCUUUACGCGAACACUAGGAGCUGCGGACGUCACGACGGAGGUCAAGACAUCCUACUGCUGUGGACUACAACAUCCGUCUGUGGACUUCGAGCGGAAAUCUGGAUUCGGAGCCUUGGGAGAUCAUCAACGGUCAGCGGAAACG